GCGAGUUCGAAACUGCUUGCAAGACGCCCCAAUCUCUCUGCCAGCGGCGGCGCGGCCUGCUCCGGUCGCCAUGGACUACACGCUCGCGGCGCUGAAGAUCUUCGGCUCCCAGCUCGCCGGCUCCACCGAGGCGCCGUCCUCGGAGGGCUCCUCCCCCGCGCAGAUGCUGUUCGGCAUCCGCUUCCAGCGCGCCUGGAUGCAGGUCCCCAACGGCAGGCAGGGUGUGCUCCUGUCGGCGAACUACAACGAAUCCGGCGAAGGGCGUCUUGUGCUGGAUGAUGGCUCCUGCGUCGCCGAGCUCUUCGUCUUGCCCAAAGAAGCCGAGGGCCGACGGCGGCUGGCAGGGAUGUAUGUAAUGGUUAUCGGGGCCUACAUUGCAGAACAGUCUAAGGACAAUUAUCCAGCUAUCAAGGUGCAUAAGAUGGUCGACCUCUCUGACCAGCCGGACCGUGAAGCAAUGUGGUACAUGGAAGUAGCUGAGGCGUACAACUUGUUCUACCUGCCAUUCUCGGUUGCUAGUCCCCCUUCAUGAGCACCGGCCCUUUGAUCUCUAGUAGCUGUAGCAGUAGUUGUAGACCUUAAAACUUUUAGAAAUAUUUUUCAAUCAUGCCGAGGGACGAGGGUACUGGCUUGUAGGUUGUGGCUAAUGCCAUCCUUCUCUUUCCUGGUACUAAAAAUGUGCAAUAUCCAUGGUCAUGUGUUUGGGGCCCUAUGGCCAUCAAUUGGUAUUUGUGGAUUGGAGAGAACUGGGGGAGCUCGUUUUUCCCUCGAUCAGACGAUCACCUUCAAUCCACAAGAGGAAUGGUUUACCCAAACUAGCCCUAUGAAAUAUUUGGGAAGUGAAUCCAACCUCUGAAAAAUGAAUCUUUGCA